AUACACCUGUGAGAGUUGGAACAGAACCCAGUUCAAAGCACAACUCUCGGGCUGCUGCAGGGGCAGAAGAUGGAUCAUAACCAAAGGGGGAAGAUGGUUCUUUCUCUCGGUUGCUUCGUCCUGAGUCAUGGGAUGCCCAGUUCGGAGAACAAAUCGGUGUGCCUAACGGGAAGAUGAAUUAUCCGCAAACCGACAGGGAAGAGAAAGUGCUGAACGAGGAGCUGGAGUGCAAAAUCUGCUACCAGAAAUUCAACCUCCAAAGUCGUAAGCCCAAACUCCUGGACUGCCUCCACCGAGUGUGUGCAAAAUGCCUGACUAAAAUCCUUCAGGUGGGCAGCGGCUCGCUUCACAUCAGCUGCCCUUUCUGCCGGCAUGAAACAGAGCUGCCGGAAGAAGAGAUAGAAGGGCUCCCGGAUGACUUGAAUAUCUUGUCCAGGCUGGUAACCAAAGACAAGUCGACAUGGAAUUCAGAGUGCAAGGAAGUUCUCCUAACCCCAAAGACCUUGGCUUCAUCAAGUCCUUCGCGGGGCUCCUCAAACUGCCUGGUGAUCACCAUCAUGGAAGUACAGAGGGAUUCCCCCCGGACUCCCAGCCAAAACACCCUCUCGGAUUAUUACACCGAUCACAGCCUGGACUCAGAAUCUGUCAACUCCACCAACCAGUUAGACCAGGACGUUUUCUCCAAGCUCUGUAACCACGUCCCCAGGAUACUAGUCUGGCUCCUUGGCUUUUUUUAUUUCGGUUCUUUGCCCCUUGGUAUCUAUUUAUUAGUGAUUCAGAAAGUCACUCUGGGAAUUGUCUGUGUCAGUCUCGUGCCAUCCAGUCUCACGGUGUGUCUUGUGUACGGCUUCUGUCAGUGCCUCUGCCAGGGAAUGUGCGACUGUUCUUCUAGGAAUUGAUGCCAAACACAGGAGGAUAUUGAGACAGCGCAAAGUCUGCACGAUUUUUUUUUAAAUGUGA